AUGACCACUUCACCUUACCCCAACCCAAGAGAUCAUGCCUCUGCCUGGGUCUGGAAGAUCCGUACUUCUAUCAGGUUCCUGUCUGAGCGCCACCCGGGAUCCCGGGUCGAGACAGCCCAGACGAGAACCUGCAGUCAGAUGUGGACGCGGAUGCUGUGCUACACUGCCCGGCUGGGGGCUUGGUGGCGGGGUAGUGCAGCGCAUGCGCGCUGGGGCGGCGCGGGACGUCAGGGGCCGGUGGCUUGUGGCCCCAGCCGGGCCAUGGGCUCGGCGACCGGGCUGGCAAAGCUGCUACGGGCGGCGCUGCGGGCGGAGGAGCCGCGGGACGUGGAAGAGCUGCUGCAGCGUGGCGCUGACCCUAACCUGGUGCUUCCAGAUGGAGUGGCAGCCAUCCAUCUGGCGGCUGGAGCGCGCCGCCCUCGCGGCCUCCGCUGCCUCGGGGUGCUCCUACGAUGCGGCGGGGACCCCAACGCCCGCUCGGCCGAGGCGCUGACCCCGCUGCACGUGGCGGCCGCUUGGGGCUGUCGCCACGGCCUGGAGCUGCUGCUUAGCCAGGGAGCGGACCCCGCGCUGCGCGAUCAGGACGGGCUUCGCGCGCUGGACCUGGCGGAGCAGCAGGGACACCGCGACUGCGAGCGCGUCCUGCGGGAGCUGGGGACACGCACCUGGACUCCACUGCCGUCCCAGGAGCCAGAGGCCAAGCACAGUGGUAAAUGGGGCCUAUCUCCUGAUGUGAACUUGGACUUCACAGUGCUCCAGACCCAUCUGGGCAGAGGUGACAAUAAGGACAGUGGAAGCCUAGAGGCUGCUUCUGAACAGCCCACCCUCCCUCUACCCCAGGAGGCUGCUGACAAGGACUCGAGCUCAGAGGCUUCCCUGGGGCUUUGCAAUGGCUGCUCCGGGGUCUCCUUUGUCACAGCCGUGGAGGCCUCUGUAUCUGAAGACUUGGCACCUGACAGUCCCCCUGGUGCCACGUCAAUGUCUGGUGUCUGUCCUCCCCAGAGGAUGCCAAAGCCUCUGGGCACUCCAUCACCAUCACAUGGAGCCAUGAUGGAGGGCAGGGAGGUGGAUCUCAACGCCCGCCUCCAGGCCCUGACUCUGGCCUCAUCAAAUGCCAGUGGCUCCUCUCCCCGCUCCUCUACGCUUCACCUAGCCCAGAACCCUCGGUGGGAACCGUCGCCUGGACCCUCUGACUUCCUCUUCCUGACCGAGGACCAGACGUCCCAAGACAGUGAUGUGGCUGCUCUCUGGCUGACAGAGGAUGAAGAGCCAUCCACAGAUGUCAGAGACUACAUCCCCACGUGUUGGCGCUCACCAGCCCCCUCCAUGUCCGACCUGGAGCUUCUGCGCCAACUCCGAGCGCUUGGACAGAAUCCCGGCCCCAUCACAUCCUUCACCCGACCUCACUACCUCCGCCGGCUGGAAGAAGCCAGCGUUGGGCCUGGCCCAGACUUUGCAGGGCACAGCCCAGAGCUAGCCAAGGCCCUGAAGACGGGUCAGAUCCCAGACGCCCAAGCUGAUGAGGAUGCACUGGCCCAGCAAUUUGAGCGGCCUGACCCUGCCAGGAAGUGGCGGGAGGGAAUUGUGAAGUCUAGCUUCACAUACUUGCUGCUGGACCCCAGGGAAACUCAGGACCUGCCAGGCCGAGCCUUCCAGCUGACCCCGGCCGAACGCUUCCGGAUAUUCGUUCGCGCCAUCUUCUAUGUGGGCAAGGGGACACGAGCUCGGCCAGAUGCCCACCUCUGGGAAGCCCUUGGCCACCGUGGGUGUCCAGGAAAGCAACCUUCCCAGGCCUGCCCCAAGGUGCAGCGGAUCCUGGACAUCUGGGCCAGCGGCCAUGGCGUUGUCUCCCUGCAUUGUUUCCAGCACGUGGUCGCCGUGGAGGCCUACACACGGGAGGCAUGCCUGGUGGAUGCUCUGGGGAUCCAGAUGCUGACCAACCAGAAACAAGGACACUGCUAUGGAGUGGUGGCAGGCUGGCCUCCUGCCCGGCGCCGCAGUCUCGGUGUGCACCUGCUGUACCGUGCGCUCCUUGUCUUCCUGGCUGAGGGAGAGCGAGAGCUGAGGCCCCAGGACAUCCAGGCCCGUGGCUGA